UGGUGGUGUGGUGGUGGUGGGGGGUAAGGGGGAGAAGACGAGAGUUGUCUUCCUUGGGCCUGCGAGUGUCGGAGGAACAAAGUCUGCGAGAGCGAGGCAGGCGGCCAAGACAAUGACUGACGAAUCGCCGUCUGCCGCAACACAGGAACCAACACGCGCACGCACGCACGCACGCACACUCGCACAGGGUCAGAGUUCGUGGAGGUACGCUGGUGUAUAUAAGCUCCCACACUUGUUGGUGGCAGCCACAGUUUGUGGUAGUCGCUUGUCAAGGGAAGAUAUAUAAAUAUACACAAGCGCACGUGCAUGCCCUGGAGGAGGACAGACGGUUCUUUGUGGAGUGCGGAGCCAGGCUCUGAUGGAGGUGCACACCCGCUGCCACUCACACAUCCCGGCGGUUACCAGCAACUUGACUUCCACGAACUUUUGAACUCUGGGCUGACCUCCGCGCACGAAUCCUUACUCCGCGGGAAGGUGCAGCACUCACUGGCUGCAAGUGCGACAGUAACUAGACACCCGGCAACAAGCAGACCUCAGAAAAAACUCCUUCGUUUAAAAAAAAUCUUUUUUGUUCCAAAGACAUCAAAGAAAAAAGAUUCAACAAUGAGAAAAUGAUUUUAUUUUCCCUCAAGAGCCACUUCUGCAGAACAGUGCUGAGGAUUCUUGCAAUGACAUUCUAAAGAAAAGACAGAAAAACGUCCAGUCGUCGGACCUCCCAGUGGAGGACAGACCAUGUCAAUCCACCCCCGAGGUUACUCCAACUUUUCAAAGAACAGUCUUCGGAGGAAAGGAGUCUGAUCGCACUGAGACAUCGUGAGGACACCAGCGAUCCCCGGGGACUGAUGCACACGUGGCUGAACCUCCAGGCGGCUGCUGCAAGAAGUUUCAUCGGGUGAACUGGAGCGUUUUCAUCACCAACUUCCUCAGCAACCGUCAGCAAAGCUCGAAGAGUUUCCGGACAUUUUUUUUUAAAUUGAUCACUAACGAAAGAUUCUCUCCUCCCCUCGAAAACGAAGAAAGCCUCUCAGGGGGGAGAAUCAGGAAGUGAACUGUUUUUCCAGGUACACUCACAAAUUUCCAGCCACCCGACCGUGAGCAGUGUUUAGUGUUGGUGUCGGGAGAGCCGAGCGAGUGUGCGGACAGGUAGAUGCCAGCACACCUGUAGGGGUGACCAGUGAGUGGAGGAGAGUGACUUCAAGCGGACCCCGGGGGCAGAGGCAGGUGCAAAUGAUGUCCAGGAGUGACGUGGACAUGGUGGCCGUCGAGACUAUCAUUGUGCAGAUACAGGUGAGAGAUGCACCCGUUUGGUGAAACUGCCGCAAAGAACAUGUCUGGGAUCAAGACCAACUCCUCGCUGGCCCCCCAGCACAUCCUCAACAACCACACAACCUUCGGCUGCUCGCAGGACGACGGCUUGGGAGACUCGACCGACCAACUGGCUGAUCAGACGGAGAUGGCUUGCUGGAACCGCACCCUGACGUCAUCAGCCGUUAUGACGCCAACGGAAGUGACGGUGCUGACGACGGUGCUGUUGAUCGUCUUCAUCUGCAGUCUGUUGGCCAACACCUUCGUGUUUCUCGUCUUCUCCCGCCGCCGCUUCAGCCUCAGCAUCUCCAACCGCUUCCUGGCCAACCUGACUCUGUGUAACUGUCUCUUCACUGUCCUCGUCAUGCCGGUGGCCUUCGUCUCGCUCAUCCGGCGGGACUGGCCCUUCGGACACUUCUUGUGCCAGUGCACGGGGCUGGCCAUGAACCUGCUGGUCAGCGCCAGCAUCUUCACCCUGGCGGUCAUCUCGCUGGACAGGUACUGCGCCGUCGUCACCCCGCUGCACUACACCAUGCGCAUGACGCGGCGACGAUGCUGGGCUUUCAUCGUCGGCAUCUGGGUGGCCGCCUUCGCCGUCUCCAUCCCGCCGUUACUCGGGUGGAACGAGUUCCGGUUCCUGGUGAACAAGAUGGUGUGCACGGUGUGGUGGUCCAGCCCCGAGCCAGCCGACCGCUACUACACGCUGUUCCUGGUGAGCCUCAGCUUCGUCCUGCCCAUGGUGGCCAUGCUGUGGACCUACUCCUGCAUCUUCCGCGCUGCACGCGACAACAGCGAGCGAACCCGCCGCAGCAGCAUCGUGCCCACCAUCCAGUCAGAGGCCGACCCUCCUGCAUGUUCUGGGGCCAUCGUGGCCGGGCAGUGCACCCCCAUCAACAAGCGCCGCCGAAGUUCAGCCGUGCCCAUCCUUCGGCGCUUGAGCCAGACCUCAAGUCGCUCUUCCAGUCUGCUGAUGCGGCGGGAGGAGUGGAAGACGGCCGUGACCAGCUUCCUCAUCCUCUUCUCCUUCAUGCUUUGCUGGCUGCCGUACUUUGUUGUCAUCUGCAUCCGCUCUGCGGCGCCAUGGGUGCCCAUUCACCCGGUCAUGGCCACCAUCUCCACCGUCGCCGCCAUGUUCGGCAGCGCGUGCAACCCCAUGGUGUACGUCUUCCGGAGCAAGAGCGCGCGGCAAGACCUGCGCAAGAUCCUCACGCGCAAGCGCAGCUUCCGGAACGAGUCCAUCAACCCGGGGGUGGUUCGCCGGGUGGGGAGCAUGCGCAGUGACCGAGGGGAAAGGGGGGACCGGGAGGGGCGAGACAAGAGCGAAGGCAUGGCGGCGGCCUACGAGGAACUGUUCUCGCAUGGCGAGUGUCAUUCUAUCCAGGAGGAGGGCGAGGCGCCAUGUUGUGACACUUCCAAAGCUGCCAGAGGCGCGUCCGUGACAGGUGCCACUGUGACCUUUGAGCAUGACACGUCCACUCCCUUGACCUUUUAGUUGGCUGACCUGAAACUCAUUCAAACUUUAGCCACCGAGGCUAGUGUCUCCAGCGAGAAAUGGUUGUGAUCUUCCCUUUUUCUCUCCUGGAACUAAAAAGAAAAGAAAGAGCGUGUCUCCGGCUGAUGAAAUGUUUGCGCUUCUUAGUCGAGUGAAGAGUGAAUCGCAUAAUUGUUUGGUUAAUAUUUUAUGAUCGAAUUUUUAACUUGUCAUCCCAGCGCUUCAAAGAAAACGAGAACUAUUUUGUUGGGGUUGUGCAUACCCGUGACCUUUGACCGCUGCAGCUUCUAUACGUGGAAUGUUUUGGUUGGUUGUCCUCCCCCUACUAAAUCACAGAGCUCAUGAAUUUUGUGAAUAAUUUCUACAUGUGGUAACCAAGACUACAGACGGGAAGAUGCAAAGGAUGGGAAGAGGAAACCACGAAGAAGGAAAGAAAGAUGAAGUCUUGUCCAGUGUUCGUGACUGUCAAGAAUUAUCCGGCUGCUGGUCAAGAAAAGAAACUAUAAUAAUUUGACAUAAUCAUCCGGGAGCCCUUCAUUUCUGGGCCUCCACCGCCUCUCCAAACAAAAGCAGUGGUUAAAUUUGUAAACGUGGUUGUGUGUCUGUGUUUUUAUUGUCCAAUAUACACUUUUUACAACAUUUGUGUGGCCAUAGCCUUCACGUCUCAUUUCACUGCCGUAAUAAACAAAUAUUUUGUGGUGUGUGGUGACAAACACUGUCCAAGUGAUUUUUUUUUUCACCUGGUAUACAAACAAAAUAUUGUAUUCGAAAAAUGUUAAUAUUUUCGUACUUUUAUACCUCUCUUAACCGCGUGUUUCUUGCUUAUAACAUAUUUGCUCAAUUAUAAAUGAAAACAUUUUGUGGAAAUAAAUGUCCUCGAGAAGGUGGGAGUGGGGUGUCAGCGCAUGCGCAGUAAGAACUGGACAAAAUGUUGUGAGGUCAACUUUGAGAGCUGAAAUGAAGGAUGUGAAAAUACUCGAUGUGUUCAACAGUAUUAUGGACUAUUUACGAUUGCAUAAUGUAGAUGUCAUUUGUAGAGCUCCAGGAACACGAACGCACAUGCAGGUACACGCAGGUGGUGUGGACAGACAGUCUCCAACACCUCCAUUUAAGUACAAACUCUUUUCAUUCACAUGUUGGUCAGUGAAUAAUAAUAUAUCAACAGAAUAAUAUAUCAACAGAAUAAUAUAUCAACAGAAUAAUACAUCAAAGGAAGAUGAAGUGGGGUCUACCCACACUUUGAUGCCAUUGCCUGGCAGACACUUCACGCAGCCUCAAAACAGCUUCUGUACAAUUUUUUUCAGGGGUCACCCUCGAUUGGUUUAAUGGAAUUUUUCUAAUUCAGAUCACGUGUCUUUAGUACACUGAUUUUAUAAAUUUUAUUUUGUGUACAAACUGAUACAUUCUGCAGUGUUUGUCUCACCCUUGGAUCUGUCUUUGUUUGCCUUCUGUCUGAUAAAAGCUUUAAUCGUAACGUGGAAAUGUUUUCAUAAAGACUGAGAAAUAUUUUUGGUUACAUGUUUGAAAACUUGACAUUUGAUUUUUAAGAUCUUGACUAUUCGAGACAAAGGCUCGAGAUUUUACUCUUAAAAAUCAUGGUUUCAAUUUUGUGGAGUAAUUUGAAAAUUUAAUUUUAAUAACAUAAACAUUGGACUUAUCAAGCAUGUGAUUUGAGAAUACACAGAUAUCGGAUAUUCAUUCACAUGACGAGAUUAAAGAGAAAAAUUUAACAUGAGGCAUGAAAUGUAAUGUUUUCUAGCUUUUUCUUGAGCUGAACAAUGAUGGAUGUACAUGUAUUUUUAAAUGUUUCGUUGCAAUAUUGUUCGUUAAGAUUUGCUACGAUCUGCAGAGCGAAGACCAAUGUUUCUGAUAAAAUACUUCGGGAAGUAUACAGUGCCAUAACGGGAGCUGUACCUCAGGGUAAUAAUUUAAUAAAAAUUUCAACUUAUUUCCGAAAAGACUGGAAUUUAGCCAAGACAAACCAUAAGGCGCCUGCUUGGCCACCAAACACAGUUUAAACAAGAGAAAGGAUUCAAAGAAUUAAUUGUCCCAGUCAUUUGUAUUCGUCUGUCUUUGGGAAGGGUUGAGUUAACUUCUAGUCUGCCGGUGGUGUUCCUGAGAUAAAUGGCGAUUUAGCUGUAGAAAGGAGGAAAUUAGCGCUGAACUGUAUUCUUUUGUGAUUAAUGGCAGGGGGUUGGGAGGACUUAGAGAGAGAAUUGGUUGGAACAGAACAAUUUGGUCCUUAAAUCUUAAUAAUAGGACAUUUUCUAUUCCAGCUUGCAUUGUCAUUUGUAAGAACUCUGGUCACAGUUGAAAGAACGUGUGUGAUAUUCAGACGUGUGGCCGUGACCUCAACUAGUCGACCAAAUUUUACAGAAUUGUUCCUGGUUGCCUGUCUUGAAUUUUUCACACGUUUUGACGAGUGUUUUAUUUUGUCUCGAUUGUAUUUUGUGCGUGACAUUACAUUCUUCAGCUGUCAUGAUGACAUGUUCUCAUUUGGAGUUGCUAAUAUACACGAUAAAUCCUGUUGUCUCAAGUGUUCAAUCACUGGUGAACAGUCUAGUAUUUUUUUGGUGGCUGUUUGUGUGCUAAAGACUCUUGUGAAAUAUUUGUACCAUUUGGAGAAUCCGAACACGUGCAAUCAAUGUAUCAUAUUUAAAAAAUCAUGUUUAAUACCCAAAUCCUUUUGUACUUAUGUAUUGUGUAAGUAUUAUGUAAAAUGCAUAUGUCAACAUUAAAGUCAUGUCUAAUGAUUA